AUGUACAUUCCACCGAUGUUAAUUUUCAAACGCAUCAGAUUUAAAGAUGAACUCAAAGAAGGCGCACCUCCAGGAACAAUAUUUGCUUGUUCGGAAUCGGGAUGGAUAACUAGCGAAUUAUUUGUAAAAUGGCUAAAGCAUUUUAUUAAUUUCGUAAAACCGUCGAAAAAUAACAACGUGCUUUUAAUUAUGGACGGUCACACAACACACAUCAAAAAUCUGGAAGCCAUAACUCUAGCUAGAGAGAAUGGAAUAAUUACGAUAUCAUUACCAGCUCACACCACACAUAGGAUGCAACCGUGUGAUAUUUCAUUUUUUAAGCCCCUUAGCUCAUAUUACAACCAAGCAGCUGAUAAGUGGCUUCAUGCAAUCAUAGCCAAAAUAUUACACAAUUUCAAGUAUCAAGGCUGCUUGGAGAAGUGUAUGCUAAAGCAGCAUCGCAUCGGUCGGAAACGCCGUUAG